CAUCGAAAACGUCAAUUUCAGUGCUUGUCUAUGGUUGUUGUUUAGCUAUGUUUGUCAGUGAACUGUUGAAUAAAAUUUCUGUAAUUUGAUAUUUUAGAAUAUAAAAAAUGAGUGCAGCAUCGUUAAAAAUGGAUGCUAAUUUAACGAGCAUGUGGGUGAGUUUCUUCACCGCAGCGGGUAUACCAUCAGAUGUGUCAGCAACAUAUGCCCUCACGUUCACCGAGAACCGCAUCCAGAAUGACAUGCUCUUGGACUUGAACAAGGAAUACUUACGAGAUAUGGGAAUAUCUCGGAUGGGAGAUGUUAUUGCUAUAUUGAGACAUGCAAAGCAAGUGCAUGAGAGCACAGCUCGUGACCGCGUGUUGAGCACAGCAGUGCCUCCUACAGCUAAAGUGCCCGUUGCUGCCAUCACCGGACGAGCCACUGUGUCACAGCCUUCAUCUCCUGCCAGUCGCAUUUUGGAGCACUACACACGCAACCCGCCGCCUCAGGAGUCUCCUAGCCCGCCAUCACAACUCAAGAGGAAAUCUUUGGAAACUGGGAAUGACGACAUCAGUAUGAAAAAGUCGCGUCUCAUACGAUUUUCCGCGUCGCAGACCCCAGCAGCCAAAGAAGGUCCUUCCAAGACAGUUUUCGCCAGGCUCGGUAACUCUGAACAAAUAAAGACAGCUCCAGUCACCACAAAGGCGUCAGUAAAACCUAUUUACGCUCGCCUCGGGUCCAAAUCCGAGCAGCUCAGUGACGACAACACUAUACCCAUAGACAAGGAUGCUCUCAAAUACGAAGGCAUCCUUAAAAGCACGCCUGACAUCUCCAAAAAGGUUUUCACAGUCACCACAUCGAAGAAUAAUGUAAGAAAAAUUGCUGUUGGCACUAUGAGGGCAGAUGAGACUCCCGUCAGUGUGAAAGCAAAGUUAGCAGGAGCUAAGUCGGUUAAAUUCUCGAGCCAUGUUCAGUAUAAAGAAAUUGAGGCUGUUCGGAAAGCAAAUCAGACAGUACCAGUUCAAAAGCCCAUUCAGAGACCUGUGCAGAAGUUCACGCCAGUGUUCAACAAGCCUGAAAGAAGGUUGUCAAUGCCCGAGCCCGGGAAAGAUGGCGUCAAAGCUAGGUUAGGAGCGAAGAACACAAACAAUUUGACAAUCACUAGGAACGUUUUCAACAGAUUGGGCGUUUGAUGUUAAAAGUUAAUGUGGUAUGUGAUUAAUUGAUUACGUAAUAUUUUGUGAUCGCUGUUGUCAGCGUAAGAUUCUCCUUAAAGGCGAAAUAAUCGCUGCUGGAUAAUUCAAGGUGGAUGAAGGUUGAUUUGUAAACCACUAUGGAUGGUUUAUGUGAGAAUGAGCGAGGUAUCGAAUAUUUUACGUGAUCUUUAAGCAUUUGUGAUUAAUAUACAGACAAUCAGUUAUUUUUAGGCUUGAGCACACUACAAAUUGAUUAUGAGUGCACUGUAGACUGGUCACUGUUCUGUGUGGCUCAGCCUUGGUUUGUACUUUGUGUUUUUGUGUUGGUGCUGCUUUUUUUGACAUGUGCGAUUUCGUUUUGAAAUAUUAGUUAGAAAUUAUUUAGUAGCCGAUUAACAUUUCAUAGGAUCUGCAUUCAUUUGUUUUUCUUGUAAUUUGUAAUACGAAAUAUUAGUAAUGUGCUUGGUUAAGUCAUAAUUUACUGAUAGUUUGGUCUCAUUAAUAUUUUUGCAUUAAAUCUUUAUUUAAUAAGUACUCAGAAGGUGCAGUGUCCUGUGAUUAUAACAUUGUCAUAAGGAUUUCUUUUUUGACUUGUUGAUUAUUAUCUAAUCUCUGAUUUCUUUAUUUAGAUUAAAUUACAUUUUCAUGAUAUUGAUAAGGGCUGCCAUUCACUGAAAUAAAAAGAGUAUACCUAAAUUUAGGUUAGGUUGACAUUAAAAAAAGUUGCCAUUAGUUACAAAAUCCACAAUCAUAAUAAACAAUGCGUCUCUAGUGCCCCGUUUUUUUGACUCAGUCUUUUUUAACCAAUCAAAAAACGAAUUAUGACAUUAAAAAAAAAAGAACCAUCCCUGACAGAGAGGCAGCCCCGUUUACUAUUAACGUUACCUAUGUAACUACAUAAGUAAAUAUUAAUUGUAGAUUAUUAAAUAAAAAUAAACUGAUAUAAUACUGCCCCAAAAUAACAUUAACUUCCUUACUGCAGCUUCAUGCACAUUUUGCGUGCGUUCACGAAAACGUCUCUAUAUAAUAUUUUUAUUAUCUAUGGUAACACUAUCGUAACUUCCGAUCAGAUUUCGUGUAAGAAUUUGACUUUUAUACCUAAGAUCUAGAUUACGUUAAUUUAAUUUACUUUAAGUUGUGUUAGUAUAAUCAUUUCUCUUCCUAAUUACAUUUUCUAUGUAAAUAUUAUGAGAAAUAAAUAACUAUUAAAUGUU